AACAUAAAAACAUCGAAAUUGUAUCUGUCAGUGAUUCUCUUCAUCAGAGCCAAGAAUAUUUUUAUCCUUCCUAUGCAAAUUGGCGAGUGUGUUUUCUCGAGAAGAAUUUGUUUAAUUUCUAUUAAUAAUGGAAGAAGAAAAUAAUGAAUUGCCCAACGGCAACGAUGUCGACGAAGUUCAAGACAAAAAGUCGAAAAAAGUUGCUAAACAUGACGGUGGAGUGGCCGAUCUGGAACGUGUUACAGACUAUGCAGAAGAAAAGGAAUUGAGCUCAGCGGAUAUUUCGAAUGCCAUUAAUAUUUUCGGUGAUAAAAGGAACAAGGAAGCUGCAGAGAAAUUAGCCAAAGAAAGGGAACUACAGAAAAUCCACGUGAAGAAGGAAGACAUUGAACUAAUCGUAAACGAAAUUUUAAUAUCCAGGCAACAAGCGGAAAAAGUCCUACGAGAGCAUAGAGAUGUUGUGUCCGCACUGGAAGCAUUAAUCAAUUAAUUUAAUGAAAUUUCACGAAUGUAAAAUUCAAAAUUUUCGUUAAAAGUCAAUUUUGAAUUGCUGUACUGAAUACACAUCCGAUCGUCGUUUUUCACAAAA